AUGCAUUCAAAUACCACGACCAACCCCUCAAUCGCCUCCGCCAUGAACCUCAAUCUACCUCUGCGGAAUAUACCCACCAGUCGAAGGAAUCAGGAUAGCAGGAAUUACUUCACUAGUUAUACACCGCCCAGCUCUACGGAGGCCAUUAAUGGGCCGGUACGAGAGCAGCGCGAACCUGUGCCGGUUAGCGAUCGACUGAUUGUGGGCGUGGAUUUUGGUACGACGUUUUCUGGAGUUGCAGCCGUUUACACUUCUACCCCUGACGACAUCGAAAUCAUCAAAACAUGGCCAGGUGGCAACGGUAUCACCUCCGAUAAGGUGCCCACAGAAAUCGCCUACGAGUUUCCUGCCAAUGCUCUUCCCGGGGCAGACCCGACAGCAAAAUGGGGAUUUCAGUUUCGCCCCGAGGAAUCCCGUCUGCGGUGUAUCAAGCUGUUCCUUGACCGGUCUCAAAAGCUCCCCUUUUACGUCAGCCCCCUGGACACUGCCGCGCAACUGAAACGCUUCAAUAAGAAUGUUGUGGAUGCUGUGAGCGACUACUUGACUCGGAUUUACAAGCAUACCAUGGACACACUUACCCGGCGGUACGGCGAGUCAUUCAUGGCAUCAACAAAGGUCGAGUUUGUUCUUACCUGCCCGGCUGUAUGGAGUGAUGCCGCCAAAAAUACGACGCUGCUGGCUGCUGAGCGUGCCGGGAUGGGUAGCCGCUCCGAGAUUCAAAUGAUCAGCGAGCCGGAGGCGGCUGCUGUAUAUACGUUGAAGGCCAUACAGCCAAACCAUCUGAGCAUCGGGGACAACUUUAUCGUUUGCGAUGCAGGCGGUGGCACCGUUGACUUGAUUGCGUACAAAAUCAUGUCGCUUAAGCCACUCCGAGUGGAAGAGUCUGCUGUAGGUACAGGUGGAUUGUGUGGCAGUGCAUUUCUCAACUACAGGUUUGAGGAGCAUGUCAGAAACCGACUCGGACAGGCGCGCUUUGACGAGAUGAAGUCCAAAAAGGGGAGAAGUUGGCAGAUGGGGUUGAAGUACUUUGAAGAGUUUGUGAAGCGCAACUUCAACGAGGAGGAGCACCAAGAGAUAAACGUUCCCUUUCCCGGUUUGCCAGACGAUGAGGAAGCCGGUCUCGACUCUGGCUUUCUCGUCAUGAGUGCUGAACAAAUCAAGGACAUUUUUGAGCCAGUGGUGAAGGAAGUGUGUGACCUGGUUCAGGGCCAGGUAGAGGGACUCCGUGCCAAGGGCGGCAUCGUUUCCGGCAUUGUCCUUGUAGGUGGCUUUGGGCAGAGCGACUACCUGUACCGACGACUGAAAGCGCAUUUCACGAGCGCAGCUCCUCCACCGUACAGCGAACGACCGACCCAUGCCAACGCUAGCGCGACAGAAGAAAAUGGCUCCAUAGAAGUCAUGCAGCCUGUGUAUGCUUGGACUGCCGUUGUCCGCGGGGCGGUCCUGAGGGGCCUGGAAGGGAACAUGGUCAUUUCUCGGAAGUCGAGAAUGCACUACGGCACCUCUUACGCGACGGUGUACGAUGAGGAGAGGCACUCUGUCAGCGAACGAUACUGGUCGCCUCUGUGGGAGCGCUGGAUGGUCUCGGACAGGAUGCAAUGGCACAUUGCCAAGGGCGAGGCCCUGUCGCCGUUGUCCCCCAUUGCCUUCCACUACACUCGGAACUUCCGCCCUGGACAGUCGUUAAUUGUCACGGACGACUUGAUUGCCUGCGAGGGGGACGAGCCGCCGGCAGCAUGCACGCGAGACCUCGUGAACGUGUGUACUCUGACGACGGACUUGAACGCCGUUCCGAGGAGUCUUUUCACUCGCCUGACUACAACGAGGGGGGUUGAGUUUGAUAAUCUUGAUUUCACGCUGGAAAUGAUUGUAGAUAGUGCGGGCCUGGGGUUUGAGCUGAAGGUCGAUGGGGUGAGGUAUGGGCGGGUAGAGGCGGAGUUUCAUUAG